CCCGGCGAGGAGGAGCUGAGGCGCCUCGAGGCCGCCCUGGCCAAGAAACCCAACCCCGACAUCCUCGACCACCAGCGCAAGAGGAGGGUGGAGCUGAAAUGCCUGGAGCUGGCUGAGCUCAUGGAGGAGCAGGGGUACUCCGGCGAGGAGAUCGAGGCCAAGGUGGCCACGUUCCGCACGAUGCUGCUGGAGAAGGACGAGGGGCCCGGGGACCCCGAGCAGAAACCCACCGUGACGGAGACCCACCAGCUGGCCGAGGCCAACGAGCGCAAGAACGAGCGUUUGCGGGCGGCCUUCGGGAUCAGCGACUCCUACGUGGACGGGAGCUCCUUCGAC